UCUGCGCUAGCUGAUCUCCAAAACGGUGGUUACACACGUGUUCUCGAUCUUCAUACCGCAAAAGCAUUGCUUUUAAGGCUCGUUUCGUUAUGAGUCCAUAUUUCAAGUCUUUUCUGUUGCUACUACUGGUCCUCGUCCAAGUAGAACAGUGUAGACCAAGUAAGGAUGAUCACGAUAAUCAUCCAGAAUAUGACCCUCAAGAAACGAAACCAAAGAAAGUGGAAAUAAAAGCCAAACCUUCCGACACCUCAAGAGGAGCACUUGGUCAAGGAUUUCAAAUCCAUAAGGAAGAUUUACUAACCAAGCAAUUUCCAGCAACGGGAGCAAAAAUCUUUGAGGAACUUCCAAUGGGUGAAUGCACGAGAAGCACAAAACUUGGUGAAAUCCAAAGAGAUGAAUCUUACUAUAGCAGUACCAGGUCCCUUUACGAAUCCAUUUCYACCAGUACAAAGAUUAGUGGGAGUCUACAAGGAGAGUAUACUCUUGGRGCAUCCGUGAAAGCCGUCACAAACAAUGUUGCCUCGGGAGAAACCAAGAUUCAAGGCGCAUCACUUGAUCUCAAAGCAUAUAGUUUGUCCGCUUCGCUCAAGCGAGACUGCAUUAACAAGAAACCCCUGUCUACAGAUCUCGUGCGGACUUUUGAACUUCUUCCAAAAGAGGUUAAAAAUCCUUGGCAACGGUCUUCAUGGAGACAGUACACGGCCUUUUUCGAAAAAUAUGGUUCUCACUUUGUUAAGGAAGCAAUCUCAGGAUCCAGUAUCUACCAAUAUGUCUUUGCAAAAUCCGACAAAAACUUCAAGAAGGAAGACUUCACUUCCACAGCUUGCCUGUCGUUAGCUGGUCCAACAGAGUCAGGAAAACUUGGGAUUUCAGCAUGUUCAGGAGUUAGCGAAUCAAGUGUUGACGCAUCGAAAUCUAGUGAAAUGGUAAAAAAGUUAGUCGUUCGAGGUGGUAAAUCGAAGACAAGGGCAGAUUUGACAGGGCAGCUUACAUCUAGACAAAUCAACCAGUUUUUGAAGGAAGCAGUAACCGACCCAUCACCUAUCCAAUAUUUCUUCGAACCAAUAUGGUCUUUGCUCAAAAUAAGGUAUGUUGGAAAGGAGCACUUCGCUAAAGCAGCUAAUUUAGAGCAGUUUUACAAAGGUUUUCUCCAUUUUGGUUGUCCCCACGAUAAAACCAGCAACGAUGUAGACAUCCAGAAAUUCGAACUUGCUUCUGACAGCGACCCAAAGUCUCCGACGUACGUGUGCAAACUUGGCCCACAAGGAUGUCACAAUGACGACGACUGUCACACGAAUCCUGGACUCUGGUGCUCAUGUUCAGGUGAUUCUUGCUUACGCUACAAAGACACAGAGCUCGCCUCUGGUUCGAUCAAGAAAGAGGCCUAUGUGUUUAAAGAACCUGGUUGGGGCUGGCAUGGAUGCGAGCACUUUACAACAGGAUGUUAUUGUUCUGACAAAAGUAAAACCCCGACAAGAAGUUGGUCAGGAGAAGACUUUGAUAACUCACUAAGARAUGUCCAUUUGAUGUUACUGGACAAGAACCGCCGUGACCAAGCAAAACGYCAUAAAUGCUAAACAAAGUCUUUCAAUAUUAAWGGCAUUGUAAUGUUGCUCCUCAUUGUGAAUCGAAUUCGUAGAUAAAAUUAAAAACGAUUAUG